AUGUCUCCACUACGAGCGGAGACAGUGCAGCAAAUCACCGACGGCUUGAAGUCAUCAAAGCUCUUUUCCCUUACCAGUCCCCAGCUUUUAGUGGUAGAUGCCUCAGGCCAAAAGACACUCGGACCUGCAGAAUCUCCAAGCACCACCACCACCACCACCAUUGAGGACCUUGAAUUCGCUUUGGCAGCAAGAAGAGCCGCAGUUGCGAUAUACCAAGCGACCAUCGCGAGUAGCAUUGGCCUGCCAAUAUCCACCACGACCGCGAAGCCCCUUCUCGCCGCUCUAUCCGACCUCCCAUUGGCCCCCCUUCCAUCCAGCGACUGGUCCUCAAUUGAUCCCGACGCCCCAGGUUCUCAUCGUGAUCCAGCUGGUUCGGACAACGCGUACCCAGCUCUUGCUCGCCCUCCGCACGAGGACAUAUUGAAUCCCAAGAGGCCCGUGACGCCGACGACGACAACGAACGGCUGA